CUGUGGUAGAAGCACACAGUUUGAUCUCUUUGGUUAUGUUAAAAAAGCACAAUAAUUUAUAAAAUUUAUCUAAGCAUUUUAGAAUGUUUUCAUUCACGUUUUUGAGAAAUUCCAUAAGUAAACCAAUUUGGUCCAGGAAUAUUACCAUUUCAUCAAUUCUAAGAAACGAGAAUAUCAAAGACAAUAUCACACUUGAAUACCGAGAGGUCACAAAAGAUAGGUCACAAAUUAUUCCUGUAGAAACCAGUAUUAAAUAUUUGAAGAGUCCUGCUUACCAACAAACUUACGGCUCUGAUCCUGUAUGGAAGCUUUAUAGAAGAAAUCACAAAGGAAGAAUACCACCCAAGAAAACCAGGAAAACUUGUAUCAGAGCAGGUGUUAUAUCUACUGGAAAUCCUUGUCCUAUAUGCAGAGAUGAGUACCUAGUUUUAAGUGAACAUAACACUGAAUUACUUAAGCAGUUUGUUUGUCCCCAUACCGGAGAAAUAUUGAGUUUCAGUAAAACUGGUUUAUGUCAGGUGAAACAUACACAGUUGUUAGUUGCACUAAAAAGAGCUUAUAAUUUUGGCCUUUUAACUUUUGAUGUUCCCUUUAGGGCAUAUGAUUACACUGAUUAUUAUAAAGUAGCUGACAAUUGAUCAUGGAAGCUACAUUCGUUAUAAUAGGAGGGGGUAUUGCAGGAGUCAGUUGUGCGGAGUCUUUGUCAAUUUUGGAUUCUGAUAAUUCAGUUAUUUUAUUGAGUGAGUCUGCAUUAAUCAAGACAGCUACAAAUGUUUUUGCGAUAACUAGAACUCUCACCAGUUUUGAAGU